GAUCGAUUGGAAAGUGAAGAUGUUCGUAACGAGGCUGAUGGUGCUGUAAUGAGUAAUCUAGGUAAGACCACUAGUAGUAUUAGAACAAAAGCAGGAACUACAGAUGCUAAUACUCUCGUAACCGAUAUUACGGGAAUUAAACUAAUAUUGCCUACGGCGACAGCCCUAAAGAGUAUUAAUUAUACUGAUGCUGAUCGGGCAAAAGCCGUGGUCGAAAUUGAUGAUGUUGAUAUUACUAAAGCCACUGGUGUAGUCGGUUUUGAGACUAAUAAAUAUGGCGAGGGUGCCAACGAGAAAAAAGUGUUUGAGGAUUUAGAAAAAUUGUUGACUGAUAUAUUUAUCAAGUAUGAAGAUAACAGCGUUAGCAAUUUGCCAGACGCGCCGGCCAUUACUACCGAUUUGGCAAAAUUAACUCCUUAUUUAAGUAAUGGAACUGGUGGUGCUGAUGUUGCUAGUUAUACCCAUAAUAAUACGGGUAAUAUUACCGAGCCCAAUGCUAAAAAAAUACUUCGCCUUCUAGAUGAAUUCCAAAUACCAGGAAAAACAACUUUUGGUGGCGGGGAGGCUGGAUACGAAACGAUAGAAGAGAUUGUUAAAGCCAAUGCUAAUGGUUAUGUAAUUUCAAACCGGGGACAAAAUGCUAAUCCAGGAGCAACUGGAACUCACGCUUUAAUUGGUCUAGCAGGACAGAAAGGACAAAUAGUAGAGGGCUAUAAAAUAGAUAAUGAUUCAGUAUUAGAUGGAGUUGGUGGGUAUACCACUAAUGCCAAUAACAUAAAAUAUGUGAAAAAAGUUCUGAGUGUAGCCAAGGUAUUCGGUGUCGCUAUUGGUGGCGAUCAAAUAACACCAGCAAAUACUAAUGCGCUAGAUGUAAGGCUAAACGACAAAGAAUUUAAUGCUUCCACUACAAUUAAAUAUAGUACGAAACAAGGUGACACUCUUGACUACGAAAAUAUGCCAGUCAACGAUUUCGCUGAUGUUCACAAAACCCGAGGUCUGCGACCUAGCGAUUUAAUUGAGGCAAGUGGAAAUUACCUUAACAGACAUGGAGAAGACCUUUCUUACCAUUUUGGGGCUUACGAUGGCGCAACAAUCAGCACCAAGACCGACGAAGCACCAACUAAAUUAUGUUUCGACUUGUUGGGAUCGAAGAACGCAGAUGUGGCGAUUGAUUUAGCCUUUUUCGGCAAACAUUUUUACAAAAAGGACGAUGACACCUAUAGGGCAUGGGAUAGUUUUGCGACAACUACGCCAACCGGAGAUCCUGAAAGAACCAAAGCCAAAGCGGCUUACGAUUUAUCAAAAACUUUCUUAGAUGAGUGGAAAAAUUACAGCAAAAAAUCUUAUUCUGGCAAGGACAAAGAUAACGAUAAAAAAGAAUUAGCAGAUGAUAAAAAAGCCAAAAAGAAAAUUGACACUUCUGGUGGUAAAGUUACUGAGGCUGAUAUUGAUACGGCUCGCGAUGCGGUAGUUGCUGCUUCGAAAAAUGGCACUGACUUUAAAAAUAAAUUGAAAAGUAUUUUUGAUGAUAACCGUGCCGAUUUGAAAAAUAAUAAUAAAACGGUUUUAAAUCAUUUGAGAGCAUUAGCCGAGUUAAUUGAUAAAGCCUAUAAAAAUGGUGAUGACGUAAAAAGGAGCGCUUUAGAGGCUUAUUCUAAAGAUACCGGUGAUAAGAAAAAGGUCUGGGAUAUGGCUAAUAAAGUAAAAACUGAAGACAACAAAAAUCUGGCUGAUGAGGCUCUAAAAAAAGCCAAAGGAGUUGAUAGUAAUGCUGAAUUAGAGACAGCCAAGACUAAUGCUAAAAUUACUUUGAAUGGUAAAGUUGACAAAGCAGGAGAAGCCGAGAGUAAAGGUUUUGCCAAAGGGGCUUUAAAACAUUUAGAAAAAUUCACUGAGGGUCGCCAAAAAGAGGUGGAAGAUUCUGGUAUUCUUACAGCCGAUACCCCAGAAGCAGUUAGAGAGGCUCGCAAAAAGAUAAAAGGUACUGAUAAUGAGACUGUAAAUAAGGUAAUUCCUCGUGUUGACCUAUUGGAGGAUUUAUACGGAAAAGAUGAUAAAGCCAAAAAAUUAGCCAAACUUAUUCGGGACAAUUUUCUCAAGAAGUUAGAAAGUGAUUAUAGCGAUAGUGAUUAUAAGAAUAAUUUAGAUAAUUUAAAUAAACAAUUGACCGAUUUAAGAAAAUACAAGGAUGGUGAGAAUAAAAGUGUUUAUGAAGGUUUAGAACAAACCAAAAAGGCGACUUUUGACAAAUUAAUAAAUGAUUUAGAAAGUAAAGUAAAUGCUAUGAAAGUGGCUAAACAAAAAACCGAAGGUGGCAAUCAAACAAAAGAUCCGCAAAAACCAUUCUUCAAAACCCCAUUAGGUAUAAUUUUGAUUUGUGUGGGAGUGGCAGCAGUGCUUGGAGCCAUUGCUUACGCCAUAAAAGCCAAUAGCCGAACCGAAGGUGAAG